AUGCUUGGGUUAGGUUCAUACGAAAGCAGCAGUGAGGAUGAGAGCACGAAAGAUACAACUGUUGGUGUAAAGGGCGCACUAGCGGUUGACCAGAAGAAGCCGAGAGACAGUGUGCUUGAGGCAAAGACUCUGUCUAAAGAGCCGGUUGAGGAUACGCAGAAUGAAGCAACAGUUGGACCUUUACCACCUGCCGCCUAUACACCACAGCUGUCAGAAGAAACCACGCAGUCCGACAAACCAACGUCUUUCAUAUCCAUUAGUGCACUACGACGAGACUUGACGCUGCCUCCGUUUCCAAAUCUCGACAUUCCCCCGUCUCCUCCCGGGUCACCCAGUCCCGAAAUGAACAAGAAAUUCGAGCAUUUCCUAUCCCUAAAGAAACAGGGCGUUCAUUUUAACGAGAAGCUGGCUUCUUCUUCUUCACUGAAAAAUCCAAAUUUACUUCAGAGUCUCAUGAAGCAUGCCGGGCUAGACGAAAGGGCGCAAUAUGGUACCUCUUUGCCCGCAGAAAUAUGGGAUGUUACGACUCUCCCGUCAUGGGCUUACAAAGAUGAGCUGUCAAAGAGCCAGCAGGCCAUACGCCGCAAGCUGGAAGAGAAGAAGACUGACCGGGAUGCAAUCGAAUUUGUCUCUGGGUCUGGGAACGGUACCCCCGCGAGUGGCAGAUUAAAGUCUAGCGCGGCUGAGCGGGUCAUGGCUGGUCUCAGUCGAGAACCAUCUCCGCUUAAGCUGGACCAGAGCAAGCGAAAUGAUCAGGAUAAACGACAGAGACGGGUGGAUUUGGAAUAUAGAAGACAUCGUUCGCGGUCACCGGGCAAAAGGAAACGAUCUAGGUCUCGAUAG